AUGAAGGCUGCCGUGGUAGCUGGAUUACUGCUGAUCAGCAUUGCUAGUAUCAACGCAGCCACCGAUCGUGUUGUGUGCUACUUUGGAAGCUGGGCAACGUACCGAAUCGGCAAUGGAAAGUAUGACGUGGAAAAUAUCAACCCUAAUCUAUGCACACACAUCAUCUACACGUUCGUUGGGCUUGACACCAAGGGAAAUGUGAAGAUUCUGGACAGCUGGCUCGAUAUCAGUCUCGGUGGAUACUCGCGCUUUAUGCAGCUCAAGCAGCGCAAUCCGAACGUGAAGCUAAUGGUAGCUAUUGGAGGCUGGAAUGAGGGUUCCGCUUCCUACUCAACGAUGGCCAACUCCGAUUUGCUGCGAGCUGUGUUCGUCGAAUCAGCCGUAUCUUUCGUCAAACGGUACGGGUUCGAUGGAUUCGACGUGGACUGGGAGUAUCCGACGCUGCGUGGAGGUUUGCCCGAUGAUCGAGUUGGAUUUAUUAAGCUGCUGCGAGACCUGCGAGCGAGGUUCGAUCAGGAAGGAUUGCUGCUGUCGAUCGCAACGGCUGCCACAGCCGAUUAUUUGCGGUCUGCGUAUGAUGUGAUCGAGAUCAAUAAGUACGUGCAUUUCGUCAACUUGAUGUCUUACGAUCUGCAUGCGUACUGGGAUGCUCAGACAGGAGCGAAUGCACCGAUGUAUCCGAAUUCUUGGGAGAAUGGGUUCACCACUAGCAUGCUCAAUGUGGACGCUUGUGUGAAGGCUUGGCUUGGUGCUGGACUCUCUCCAUCGAAGUUAAAUCUAGGAGUUCCUGUAUUUGGUCAUACUUUUAAGCUAUCGUCAACUACUGACACCCGAAUUGGUGCACCAACAAGCGGUCCGGGAGAUGCAGGACCGUACACGCUAGAACCAGGAACUCUUUCCUAUCUUGAAGUUUGUGAGAUGCUAGCAGCAGGAGGAUACACGCAAGCCUUCAGCAAUGAACAGCAAGUCCCGUAUGCCUUCAAGGGGAAUCAGUGGAUAUCGUACGACGAUACGUACUCUAUCGCGUUAAAGGUACGGUACGCCAAGCAGUUGAAUCUUGGUGGAGUCAUGGUGUGGUCAAUCGAGUCUGAUGACGCUAAGGGUAUCUGUGGAGGGGGACAGCAUCCGAUCACAUCGGCCGUGUACAAAGAAGUCUUCGGUACGGGAGGUAUAACACAGGGAACUACUCAAAAACCAGCUGCCACCACCACCACAGCCGCCACAACAACGACACGACCUAUUACAACUACAACCACGACAACCUACCGAACCACCACCACGACCACUACUGCUCGUCCAACCCAAAAGUUGAUCUGCCCAGCGAGUGGAUACUUGCGGGAUCCUAACAAUUGUGCUCAGUUCUACCAGUGCUAUCCAGGGCUUUCACUCAUGAUGCAGCAACUCUCUCUACUAAUAAUCUAUAACAUUGGCUUCAUUUCAGACAAAGUGUUUUGUUUCUUCGACAACCAGGCCACAUACCGCGUCGGAGAGGGCAAAGUGACGAUCGAGGAUAUCAACUCCAACCUCUGUACGCACAUCGUGUACAGUUCGCUCUCUCUUACUGCCGCCGGUAAGAUUCAGAUGCUGGACAGCUUCACCGAUGUCACGAAUGGAGGCUUUUCACGGUUCAAAAACAUCUGCCAGCAGAACCCUGGCGUUAAGUGCAUGAUCGGACUAACCAGCGGCCUGUCUGGGUCGAAAAUUUUUUCCGGUGUAAUGAACUCAUCCACGCUGCGCAGCACUGCAGUAUCAUCCAUCAUGAACCUGCUGAUCCAGCAGUACAAAUUCGAUGGGUUAAACUUUUACUGGCAGUAUCCAGUGCUGAAAGGAGGCAAUCCAGAAGAUCGCUACAACUUCGUGUCCUUUAUCGCCGAACUGUCAGCGAACAUGCGCAUGUACGGGCUAGUGCUAUCGCUCAGCGUGGCGCCUACGAACGAUUUCUUUAUGUCCAGCUAUGAUGUGCCAAAUUUGAGUAAAUCUGUCGACUUUUUGAAUAUUAUGGCGUUCGAUCUGCACAACUACUGGGACGGUAAAACGGGUCAUCAGUCAGCGCUCUAUUCUAGUGGCAAGGAAACAACACUCUACGAAACGCAACUUAACGUGGAUGCGAUCGUGAGCGGUUGGAUAGCGGAAGGUGCACCCACUUCCAAGCUAGUUCUGGGUGUUACCGCUUCAGCGAACGUGAUGAAAUUGUACUACACGAACGAGACGGGCGUUUGGGCGAGAACUGCUGGACGUGCCGAUGCAGGACCAUACACAACGACCGAAGGAUUGAUGUCAUACCCGGAGCUAUGCGUGGAACGUGCGAAAGCUGGCUGGGAGACGGUAUUGGAUGGCAUUCAGCAGGCGUACUAUGCUCACAACAAACGGAUCUGGGCCACAUUUGAGCAGGAUCGUACGAUCAAGUUGAAAGGAUCAUAUGCAAUAACGCGUGGUCUAGCGGGAAUGGCGCUGUUCUCGAUGGAGAAUGAUGAUGUGAAGAAUAAGUGUGGAUUGGGAAACUACCCAUUGCUGACGGCUGUCAACGCGGGUUUGAGCAGAAAAAUUCCAGGCGAUGGUACUACAACUACAACUAAGGCCACUACGACGACUGCCAGCACUACGACAAAGCCUAUCACAAUUACAACGGCACCAAACACUACUACCACAAAAUCCACCACCACAACAACUAAUCCUACCACUACUACCACAAAAUCCACCACUACGACCACAACAACUACAACGGCCAAACCAUCCAUGUUACCAACCGUGUGUCCUAGAAAUGGAUACGUCCGUGAUCCAAACGACUGCAGCGUCUAUUACCGAUGCAUUCCGAAUGGGUAA